UCAGUAGAUCAGUAUGGAGUUGAUUUCUCUUCCUCUAGUUCUCUUGUUGAUAUCAAACAUCCACUCUGGACAAACUGCAGAAAUACUGAAAGCUCUAGUGUCUGUUUGGCCUGCUGAUCAUAUAUUGAGAGGAGAAACUGUCAAUCUCAGAUGUGUCAUCAAUGGAGGAGGAGCCAGCACCUGGCAGUACAGCUGGUAUAAAGAUGAUUCAGACAUCCAGCACUAUAAAAAGAUUUACACAAUAAGAUCUUUUACUGAGUCUGACGCAGGUAAAUACACCUGUAGAGGAACAGAGAUCAGAGGAUCGCAAGCAAUCAGUGAUACAAUUACACUGACAGCUUUACCCAAACUUACAGUGAGAGUAACACCAGACAGAUUUGUGUUCAUUGGAGAGACAGUCACUCUGAAGUGUGAGAUAGAAGAUCAGUACAGAUCAUUAAACUGGACAUAUCUGUGGUAUAAACGCGGUACUGAAGUGUUUAACUCUGAGAAUUACACUGUGAACAGAGACUCUCUCAUUAUCAAUGGAUUUACUGAAUCUGAUCAAGAUCUGUUCUGGUGUAGAGGAGAGAGAGAUGGGCGACCACAAAGUUCACAAUCAAUCUCCGCUGUUUAUCUUACUGUGAAGGUUUCAGGAGCUUUUCAGAAGAUUUCUAUCCUCAAGAUUUUUAUUUUUCUGCUGGCAGUUUGUUUAUAUCUGUUAGUGACAGUCAUGCUGGUUUUCAAAUGCUACAGAUUGAAAGUUACUCAUGCAUCUGUUGAAGAUCAUUUGUAGUAUGCAGUAAGAGAAGAUGAAACAUCAAUCUGAUAUGAAUGUGUUUUGUGAUUUCUACACAUUCAUAAACUGCAGUGAAGCAACUGAAGAACUGUAUUUAAUAACAAUAAAUGACAAUCAUGUAUAAGUUCUGGAGUGAAUCACCUGGACCGAACCGGUUACGCUUUAUUUUGAUAGUCCACUUUAGACAUUCUACUAACUAUAAAUAACUUUGCAACUACAUGUCAACUAACUUUCAUUAAUUUGCAAAUAUACAUCAACAAACUGUCAUUAGAUUAUUAGUAGACUGUAAGGGUUAAGGUUGGGAAAGAGGUUUGGGUUAGUGGAAUAAGUUGACAUGCACCUGAGAAGAUACUUAUAGUCAGUUGAAUGUUUGUUGAGGGAUCAUCACAAUAAAGUGUUAAUAGAUAUGAAGCAGACAGUCUACUAGUAAAGACUGGUAGUUGAUAAGUAGUUGCAAAGUUACUUAUAGUUAGUAAAAUGUCUAAAGUGGACUAUCAAAAUAAAGUAUUACAACUGAACCUUACGUUCAGCAAAUGAGUGGCGCCUUGUGUUACCUUCACAAAGGGGCACUAAAUCACAUUCCCACUCAUUUUCCUUCAUUUCCCUCUGCUGGUGGAAUGAUCUUCCUAUUGCAAUCCGGUCAGACACGUCUCUUGCAACUUUCAAAAAACAUCUUUUCCAAAAAUAAUUAAUAAGCAACAAGUGACUAUUGGAAACGGGUGUUUCUUAUCAGUACAGAAACAGCAAUUUCUUUUUAUUUGUUUAUUUUGCUUUGAUUGGAAAAAGCUACAAGUUUUAAAAGCUGUAUUGGUUUUUAAGAAUUUUUUGUAACAAAGCAUAUCGA